AUGGAUAUCGAAAAUGUUUACUUAAUUCCUCAUUCAUCGAAAUCUGUCAACGAAUAUUUCAAUCCCAAGUUAUUAACAGGUCUAUAUCCAACGUUAUUCUGUUAUGGACGUGGAGCACCUGAAGAUCAGUCGCGUCCAGUUAAAGUAAAUUUACGAGAACACAUACGUUACCUGUUAUCUUACAAUGAUCGACGUUUUGAAAAGAAUCACAGUUUUAUAUUUGUGAUCUUCAAUCUAUUACAAAGACGUGAUGCUUGCUUUCAUGCUCAACUAAUAGCAACGAAACCUUAUUUUCGAUCAUCUGCUCAUGAAAUCCAAUCUUUAAGCAGUAACGAUAUUGAAACAGCUCUUAAAAAUAUCUCGGAAAGAACAUAUGAUAUGAGAUCCAACAAUGCCUUAAACAAAUUAGUAAAUCAUAUCAAAACAAUCGGUGGCCGAGUCAUGGGUUCAGCAUAUUCACGUAUGGCAUUACGUACACGUAUUCAUGCAUUAAUCUAUAAUCAAGGUCUGCCCAGUAUAUUUCUUACCAUAAAUCCAGCCGAUAUUCACAGUCCUGUGGCAUUAUAUUUUGCCGGCGUUAAACUCGAUUUGAACAACAUCCAAACGGAACAACUUAUGGACACAUACAGAAGAGCUGAAAUUAUAGCCUCUCAUCCUGUUGCUACUGCAAAAUUUUUUCAUGUAUUGAUCACCAAUAUCUUAGAUACUAUGAUUAUUGGUGGUGUUCUUGGACCAGCAAAAGCUUACUUCGGUACUGUUGAAAGCCAAGGACGAGGUUCUCUUCAUCUGCAUCUUCUUAUUUGGCUUGAUCAUGAUAUGAAACCAGCUGAUAUGAAACAAAAAAUUCAAAAUGCUGAUUUUCGUGAAAAGUUGAAAGCAUAUUUAGAAGACAUCAUCAAAGAAGACUUAGAUGAAUUCAAGGACAAACAAGUCUUCGAGAAUUUAAACGUGCCAAGAUCAUUCGAUACUCCUCCACGAUUAUCACAAGAUAAUAUCUAUGCGGCUUUACGUACUAUUGAUUUAACAGGUCUAGCCGAAAAUAUAAAUAAAUCUCCUGUUUGGUUGACACCAAUCAAGCAACAACUUUCUCCAUCAAUUCCUUAUGCUUCUCCAUUAUUGAAUAAAUCGUUACAGACACCAACACAUGAUCGACCAACAUCUAUUAUGAAUGUUUUACACAAUCAAUCAAACAUAAAUCCAGGUUGCUUACCUACUCCAAACCCAUCAUCGCCUAAUUUUGCAGCACGCUUUCGUGCAGAUGUGGUACAACUUGUGGAAACAGACAACAAGCACAAGCAUAGUGACACAUGUUACAAGUAUUCUAAUCCUAAACAAGGUGACAAGAAAAUUUGUCGACUGCGUAUGCCACGCAAAUUAGUACCAGUUUCGACGAUUGAUCCGGAUACCGGUCAUAUCUCUAUGCGACGAUCCGAUCCAUGGAUUAACAAUUUUAAUGAAUACCUCAUCGCAGCCUGUCGAUCCAACAUGGAUAUUAAAUUUAUUUGGAGUGGUAGUGAUGCAAAGGCUCUUGUUUAUUAUAUUACUGAUUAUGUCACAAAGAUGAGUCUCUCUUUUCAUGAUACGUUUGCUCUUGUACAAAAAUGCAUUACAUCGCUCAAAAAUUUAUCAGAUCACACAGACAAGGAAAGUGCAAUUGAAAGAUCACGUAAACUGGUUUUACGUUGUUACAACACACUUGCUUCUCAACAAGAACUGUCUGGAGUUCAAGUUGCCUCUUAUCUUAUGAACUGGGAUGAUCAUUAUACAACGCACAAGUUUCAAGGUCUUUAUUUAAUUCAAACUGAGCGAUUUUUACAAACUGAAUUGAAUGAAAAGCGUACCAAGCAAAACUUGGAACUUGCAUCACAUGGUGAGUAUCGUAAUAUUUGA